GGAUACAUGUCUAUCUGUGUAAAGUGAACUAACUGUCAGCUAAAAUAUAUACCCUGUGAACUCAGCCAACUUUUACUGAUUCAUCUUUAUCCAACUCAAUUUUUUUCAUUGUUUUCAUGGCUAUAGUUCAGUAUAUUGUAUUACGUCGUGAUUUGUUAACGGCACUGAAUUGGCCUUUAGGUGCAUUAAUUGCACAAGGUUGUCAUGCCGCUACAGCAGCCAUUGCUACUUACUUUACACAUCCAGAUACGGUAUUAUAUCUAAACGAUCUAAAUAGAAUGCAUAAAGUUGUUUUAGGGGUUGAAAAUGCGGAACAAUUGGAAAAUUUAGCAAGUAAAUUAAAAGACGCCAGUAUCGACCAUUAUUUGUGGAUAGAACAACCGGAAGAUCUGUGCACAGCAUUAGCUACACGCCCAUACGAGAAGUCAACUAUUCAGGUUUAUUUUAAGGGACUUAAAUUGUUAUCAUGAAGUUACAUAUUUACACAAUGUUAUGUAACAGUUUUGUUUUGUAGAACUUGUGAAUGCAAUUUUCAAAAAAAAUCUUUGUUUUUGUUAAAAUAAAUAAAAGAAUACAGUUAU